AUGACAUCGACACCACCAACACGAUCGGGACUCUCAGCGCCGCCUCUCUCACCCUUGCGGUCUGCAUCCCUAGGUUCACAAAGCUCUCAAGCACAACAAGAACCUGCAACACCAAGGCGCGCUUCUCUACUGGCUGCCCCUCCGGCUGGAAGCAAAAGCAGAGCAGCAGCCAGAGACCUGCUGCGGAAACACUACGGGUUGGGCGUCGGUCCUCCGCCGCCGUCCAAAGGAAAUGCCCCUUCCUCAGACCCAAUGGAUCUGAAUUCCCCUGCAUUUGACGCGAAGAGUUACUAUGAACAAUUGAUCACCACGUCGUCAUUACCUAUGCUCCUGAAGCAGGAGAACGACCUACUAUCGGAAAUUCGACAAUUGGAUAGUGAACGCCAAUCUCUGGUGUACAAUCACCACCACGAACUCAUCGCUGCUAGUGACACCAUUGGCGCGAUGAAAACCCAUGCAGAAAGCUUGGAAGCGGACCUCGACUUGCUUCGAGCAGCAUUCUCAGAGAUAUCACGACUGUCAGCAGAGGUAUCCAUCGAAAACCAUACAUUAGAUGGACAAAAUUCCAACACGAAUAAGUGA